AUGUCGAAAUUCACCUCCGAGCCUUUAAUAUUUUAUCCUGUUAAUUAUUGUUUAAAUAUUUUUUGUAUAUGGAAUACAGUAAUAUAUUUUGUUUAAGCAAGUAAAAUAAAUAAUUAAAUAAAAUAUAAAAUAUAGAUAUUUAAAUAUAAGAUCACUAAAGUAGUAUGUAAUAGUGUUCAUUUAUCGAAAUUGUCUUUAUUGUUAUUCUUGGAUAAUUAUUUCUCUAGUAGGAAAUAAAUAUUUAGUAGAAUAAUAAAUAUUAUUUUAAAAAUUUAAAAUAAUAAAAAGGUAUCGAAAUAGGUUUCGAACCUGGACAAACAAACAAAAAAAAUAAAAAAUUUUUAAUCAAAGAUUUAAUUUGUUUUUAAUAAAGAAAUCUAAAUUUUUAAUCAAAUAUUUAAUUUUUAUAGUUAAGCAUUUUUUUCAUUCAUUUUAAAUUAAAAAAAAAAUUAAUUCAAGAUUAAAUAUUUGAUUUUUGAUAAAAAAUUAUAAUUUCUUCAUCAAAAAAUUAAAUCUUUGAUUAAAUAUUUAUUAUUUUUUUAUUCUAUCAGUUUGCUUCUAAACCUGCUUCAAAAACUUUUUUUUAUUUCUUUUAAUUUUUUAUUUAUUUUAAUAAAUAAUAUAUUUUAAUCUAUUAAAUGUAUAAUUCUUACUCAAGAAAUAAUUAUCCAAAAAUAGCUGAAAGAAAGAAUAAAGCAGGAUAUUCAUAUAGGAUUAAAAAUAUUAUUUGCUUUUAAGUAAACUGUGGUAUUAAAAGAAGCAUAUUUAUUUAGCUUUUUUAAUUAAAUUAUUUAUAUAUUUGGCAUUUAUAAAAAUAUAAAAAUAUCUCAAAAAGCUUUAUAUUAAAUUUUAAAAGUCAAAUAUUAAAGAUAAAAAAAUUAAUUUUCUAAAAGUAGUUUCUAAUAGCUUAUAAAAAUAAUAUAGUAAUUAUAUAAAUUUAUCUUUUUUUCUCAUAUUUAUAAUAAUAAAUAAAUAAUCAUUUCUUUAUGUAAAGUAACUUCUACCUACAAGUGA